CAAAAAUAAAAUAAUGUCAACGUCUAACGCAGAACCACAAGAGGCUCAUUCCUCCCAUGCUGACCCACCACCUUCAGCUCAAGCUCAUAAAUCUUCAGCAUCAGCUGGCAAGUCAACUGACCAAAGCCAAGUGAAUUUUGGAUCUACAAUGAUGGAAAAAUAAGAAGCAGGAAAUUGAACGGGUAAAGCAAAGGCAAGCUAAAGAACUCAGAGUAAUGCUUGAAAACGAGGCCAGAAUGGAACUCAUCCGGGAAGAAAAUGAGCGCAAAGCUAGACUCCAGGAAGAACGUGAAAAACAAAUCCAAAGGGAAAGAUUCCUCAAAGCAAAACUUGCCGAAGAGAAGAAGAUAAAGGAAGAAGAAAGGCAAAUGGAAAGACAAAGGCUCGAGCAAAUCGAGAUGAAGAAGAGGCACAAAGAAAUUGAACAAAAAGAGAAGGAGAAGGAAGAAUACCAGAGAAAACAAGAACUCGAGAGACAAAAACAUAUCCGUCGCAAGGAAGAAGAGCAAAAGAAGAAGCAUGAAGAAUUCAUCAAGCAGACUGAGGAAGCAUUCAAGCAGUACCAGCUCAAGUUGGAUAAGAAGAAGGAAGAGCUUGAGCUAAGAGAUAUCGAAAAUCAGAAGCAUAGAGAGGAACAACAGAAGGAGAUGAAGAUGCGCUCACUCCAGAAGCAAAAGGAAACUGAGGUCAAGAUUAUGAAGACUAGAAGGAAAGCAGAGAAACAACUUCAGGAACAAAGAAAGAUAUUUGAGAUAAAAGAGAGAAGAGCUGAAGAACAACGCAAGAAAUUCGAACUCCAAAGACUUAUACUUCAAGAUGAGUUACAUAAGAAGGGGCUUGAAAAACAAAAAAUCAUUCAAGAAGUCAUUGAGCGAGAUAAAGAACAGGAGAAGCAGAAAAAGGAAGCUUUCUUCCAGAAAGAAGCUAAGGCUGAGCAGAGAAGAAGGGAACUCGCCAAAGAGAUGGAAAAGGAGCUCCAAAUGAAAUAAACAAAAGGAACAAGAAAGAGACCAACACCUUCAUAAUGUCCAGACCCAAAUGAUGGUCAUUGAGAAGAAGAGAAAGAGACGUAUCAUUACUCAGAUGAACCAGAAAGAUCACCAUCUAGAGCUUGUGAAGAAAGAUCGUGAAAGAUCUCUCGAUCAGAAAAGAAGAGAGAAUUAUAACAAACAGUUGGAGAAGAAGCGCAAUGUCGAAAAGAUAUUGAAACAACAAGAGAAGGAGAGGCAGAUGACCCUUAAGAGGAUCGAACAGAAGGCUCAAAGUAUUCAAGCACUACAGAGAGAAAAGAAUUCCAACAAAUGGGCUAUAGAGAAACAAAGGAUUGUUGAAGAAUUUGAGAAAAUGAAAAAGACUGGGAGGCUAAACUACAAAACUUUGAGUAAAUUAGGAGUAGAACUUCCUUCAAAGAAAGAGAUCAAAGAAGACCUCAAAAUGAGAGUGACAAGGUCGACAUUUGCUGGGACUAUUUCUACGUCAGAUGGUGUGAAACAAAGAAGAUUGAGCCAGCCAGGGUCAAUGAGGUCUACUAAUAAUCACAAGAAUAAUCAUUUUACAUCUGUUAAAACCCAAUCUACUGGUGCUCUUGAGCCAAAUGGAGAUAUUAAGAGAAAUAGCAAGAAUAUUAGCAUUAGUCAUAAGAAGCCAGGGCCUCCAAAAAUUAUGAAGUCUCCACCAAAUGCUUCAACGAAGAAGACUGGAAAUAAGCCUGUGGGGAGUCCUUAUGCUGUCAAAAAUUCUCCUAGUAAGAAAGCUUCUAAGAAAGCAGAUAACGCUCACAAGAUCUCAGAGGAAAUCAAAGAACCUAUGAAGGAGACCAAAAAGUCAGAGGUAGGAAGUAAAAAGCAGAAUUCUGAACCAAACGAAAUCGAGGAAGAAAUUGAGAAGCCAAAGGCUGACAUUAAAAAGCCUACAAUUGAAAAAAAUAAUCCUAAACCAGUAGCUGCUCCUAAGCCUGAGGAAGAAAAGACACAUAAGUCUAAGCCGUCAGCUUCUUCAGUUGCAGGCUCUUCUAAAUCUGCUAAGAAGAAGACAAGUGUGAAGUCAUCUAAGGCUGGUUCAGGAACUGUGAAGAAAAGCCAUGAUUCAACAGGAAUGAAAUUUGUAGUUUAA